UAUAGCUUGAUUUAUUCUGGGCUGUGCUCUGAAACUACACUGAAAUGAUCUUAAAAUAAAUUUGAAGGGACUGUUUACUGUGACUUAACAGGAGGGCAUGGGACAUACGUACGUAGUUUCAUUCUUAAAGUUCAAACAAUUACGUUGAUCAUAAAAUCGAAUCCAGACUCCUCAAUACAAUUUAGAGAAGAGGCAAAGAGAUACAGAAAGGUAAAAGGAAAUGAACGUGUAAGUUUAUCUUUUCCACAGAUGCAUCAUCAAGAAAAACCACCAGAAGAUAAUCUAACUGAACUGAUGGAGUUUGUUUUCUUGGGCUUUGCUGACAUGCCCCAUCUCCAGUGGUUUCUUUUUGGAUUAUUUCUAAUCAUCUAUAUCAUUAUCCUGAUGAGCAAUGGCACCAUAUUUCUAAUAACAAAAAUGGACCCUGCUCUCCAGAGCCCUAUGUAUUUUUUCCUGGCAAAUUUUUCCUUCUUAGAAAUCUGCUAUGUAUCAGCUACUAUCCCCAGAAUGCUGAUGAAUCUAGGGACCCAGAGAAGAAGAAUUUCCUUAGUUGCCUGUGCCACACAGAUGUGCUUUGCUCUUAUGUUUGGAGGCACAGAGUGUUUGCCCCUGGCUGUGAUGGCCUAUGACCGCUACGUGGCCAUUUGUAACCCUCUGCACUAUCCUCUAGUUAUGAACCUCAGGGUCUGUAUCCAGUUGGUGACUGGGUCCUGGACUAUUAGAAUCCCAGUUAUGAUAGAGCUUACAUAUCAGAUUUUCUCUCUGCCUUUUUGUGGAUCUAAACAAAUUAACCACUUCUUCUGUGACAUUCCCCCAAUACUCAAGCUGACUUGUGGGGACACCUUUGUAAAUGAGACGUUGGUCUACAUAGUCGCUGUGUUAUUUGUUGUGGUUCCUUUUCUGUUAAUACUUGGCUCCUACAGUAAAAUCAUCUCCAUCAUCCUAAAGUUGCCAUCAGACACAAGUAGAGCCAAAGCCUUCUCCACCUGCUCAUCUCAUCUUAUGGUUGUGCUGUUAUUCUUUGGAUCAGCCAUUAUUACAUACUUACGACCCAACACCAGCCACUCGGAGGAAACUGACAAAGUACUUUCUCUUUUCUACACUAUCCUAACUCCAAUGUUUAAUCCCAUGAUAUAUAGUCUAAGGAACAAGGAUGUCAUAAUGGCACUGAGAAAAUUGCUGUCCAAAUAA